UCACGUCACUAUCGUCGCCGCCACCAUCGCCGUCGCCGCAUACAGUCUCGUUCCGUUGACCACCGGUCGUUCUUUUCGCGCGCAUAACGCCUCGCCAAAUACACGCCGUGGUACACUGUAAACUUUGCAUACCUGCAGCUGCGAAGCUCGACCAGUUCGCCGCUUAUUCGACCGCUUAUCAGACCGCUUACCAGGUGCUCGUACAAGUGCACCCGCGUCGCGGUCACGCAACCGCUGCUGCCGCUACCGCCGUCGUACACGUCGCCAAACCAUGGCGUUGCUGCUGUCGCUGCUGCUGUCGUCCGCGUCGCUGAUGGCGCUCCGCGGCGUAUCCGUCGCUGCCACGUCAGCGGACGACUGCGUGCUGGACCUGGCCAUCGUCUGUCUGGACGACAAGCUGCUGGUGUAUGUCAAUUGGCUGGAGAAGAGAGACAAGCUGAACGUGGUCGGCGACAUCGUGACGAUCGUCAAAAAGAAGGAGGCGGGCCUCGCCGAGGACCGGUCCAAGCUGCAGCCGCACAACAGCAAGCCGCACGCGCACCGGGUUAGCACGUCCCUGGGACCGGCCAUCGACGAGUACUUCGACACGCAUACUAUCCGGAUAUCGUUGCCUUGGAUACUCGACGACGACAUCGAUCUGGAACUCGACCAGCAAGGCCGUGGCAAGAAGAGCAAAUUGAAACACCUCAAGAAAAUGAUGUCGAUGAUGGGCGUAAUCAUGUGCGCCAAGCUGUCGCUGAUGGGACCGCUGGCCAUGGUUAUGAUCGGCGCCAAGGCGCUAAAGGCCCUGCUACUGGCCGUCGUCUCGCUAACCAUAUCUAAACUCAUGUUGCUUAAAAAGUUUAAAGGCGGUGGUGGUGGUAGUGGUUCCGUGGUCCAAGCCGACUGGUCUUCGGACAAGGAUGACCGGAACGCGCAUUUGUUAGCCUACGCUGGACAGUCAGCCGCCGCUUCAGGGACAGCUGUUAUGUCGCAGUCUUCGCAACAGCCUAUUCAACAGAUGUACCCUUCAUACGAGCCUCACGGUUAUCACGGGGCAGCCUAAACGGUGUCUCAUCGACACCGACAUUACCUCUACCACUAUCACAAUCAGCACUAUCCGCACAAAUACUAAAACCUUCAUUAUGACUUUCAGUCACUGCCCACUGGAUAUGAUAUAAAAUAUAUCACUUUCUCGUGGAUAUCCUUCAGGAAGUGGGCGAGCAGACGUCAUCUUAAUGCGCGUGUCCGUCAAACUAGUCACCGCUUUAUCCCUUAGGCCUUCAUAAACCUGACCGAUGACGUAUUCCCACCCACUCGUCAUCGUUUAACAGAAGCUACAAGUACAUCAUUUGCCAUCUUCAAGAUCUGUAAGUUGCCAAACGUGGACCUACACCCAGCAAAUUAUUAUAAUGUGGAACGUAUCUGGUACUCAUGUAAUAUUUUCUCUCAGUCUAAUGUUUUUUAUUAUUAUUAUUAAUGUUAUAUUAUAA